UCUAGCAGUUUGAGAGCUGUUUCGUGGCGUGGUAGUCACUAAUUGUUUUUGUGAAGAAGCUCUUGUAAUUUUUUUCUAGGUUUCUUAACUCCACCAACUCCUUUAUUUCUUUAAAUCAAACUAAAACCUAAUGCGUUUAAAAAAAAGUGAAUUAAUAAGAGUGAUAAAGAAUGAGCGAAUUAACUCCGCAAAGUGCAAAAAAUACAAUAACAAGCAAAUGCUUUAAAUAACUUCGCAAUGAUAAGAAAAGUCAUACUCAUUUAACAAAAAAUCGAGAAAAUAAGUUCAGCAGCUAAACGAAAAUGCCUCACGCACACUCAGCCGGCCGCCGAAAACCCCCAACCCAAAGACGUCUUCUUCUACGCUGCUCGCAGCUAAUAUUUCUACAGUUGCUGCUGUCUCAUUACUCCCUCCAACAUGCCAUCAAAAACGAGCACAGCAGUGCCAAUGCCACCAGCAACAACAGCACAAGACCGCGAGCAACAGAUGCCGCUAGCUCGGAGAGUUAUUUCGUGCCACAUCGCUUCUCCAGCAGCAACAAUAUAACCAUACUCCACGAAGUGCAUGAAAUCGCCACGCACGCAGAUCGACCACUCGUGCUGAACACACACGAAGUGCUGCCCGUAAAACCGUUGAAGAAGAAACCCUAUACGCUGCUCGACAAAACGAUAUUCCCUGAGUACGAGAAGGCGCGCACGCUCAAAGAGUACGAACUACAUCCGGUCACUUUCGAUUUUAAUCUAAGCGACUUGGAGGAUUUGGAGCAUGAGACCGUGAAGAAGGGCGACCUCAGCGCCGAAGAGAAGCAUUUACUACGCAAUGCCGAGGAACCUGUGCUCAGCUACAAUGAACGCGUGCCCUACGUGGGUCUCGGAAGUGAGGUGGGCCUGGAAGGUUUUGGUGGUGCGACCGAUGUAACAGUACAUAUUUAUACCACAGAGAAUAGUUUAUUGGCCACCAAUGCAACUCUUGCUAGCACCACAACACAAGCGCCAAUUAUUACUACACCAAAUGUUGUGGCCACCAUAAGUCCACACAUCUUUAAGGUGCAUAAAAAUAAAACGCUGAAGAAGGGGCGCGAACUACUCAAGCAGGAGGAGGAGACACCAAAGGCAGCGGGCAAUAACGUUAAUAGCAUCAGUCAUUAUUUUGGCGUGGACACUAUUGUAGGGGAAGUGAACGCAACGGCUGCUAGUCUACAUUCCGCUAAUUUCUUUCAAAUCAUCACCAAUUUGUAUGAUCACUUUUAUUGGCAGGCGUCGGAAAUACGCACAAAAGUGUCGACCGCUUGCGGACUGGAAAUGCAGGCGUACUUGACGGGCUUGCAUGGGAACUUCGACUGGGCGCAAAAGGCGUUUUACCUGCCUGCAUUACAAGUUGCCUCAAAUUUCCCUCAAUUGAAUUCGGUGUUCAUGAAUUGUGUGCUGGUAAUUAUUACACGUGAAUGCGCAAAUCAACAGCAAAAGUAUAGGAGAGAAAAAGAGCCUAAUGAUGAUUACGAAGGUGACACACAUAACCCGCGCAGAAGCCAAACCAGCCAAACGUUGAAGCGUACGCCAGUUAAUGACUGCGUUGUAGGCCAGCGCAGGCACGUAAACCUCCAAGUGGGCGAGUGUUUACCACGUUCCUGCAAUGCACACGACGUGCACGCCAUACUCACACUGGAUCCACAUGCUCAAAUGCUUGUCGCACUAAAUACCGCGGCGAUCAAUCAAGCACAAUACAACCAAAGUAUUGGCCAUGGUCAUAGCAAUAGCAGCAGCGGCAACCACACCAUCAUACAAGUGCUACAUGUGCGUGCAGUGCCCGGCGCCUUCAGCUAUUGGCGCGAAUUAAAAUUUCAAAUAUUUCUAAGUUUCGUAUUCUCACUUUUGCUACUCGUCAUCACAGCCACCUGGUAUCAGGCGAAAUUAAAUCAACUGCAGCUCACCUCGCCGCACAUUGCGGCCAUUAGUGCGAAAAUUGAUGCUGUCAUGGCGGCCGCAAUCGCUGGUGCCAGCGGUGGCCGUGGUGGCAGUGGCGGCGAUGGCAUUGCAACAAUUGAUGCCAGUGUCGCGGGGACCUACACUAAUAAUGCCGGUGGCGGCAAUUCAGGUGCAUUCAAAUCAACGAGAGCAGUGCCAGCCUUCGAACUGUACCAGAUGAGCACACUGACAACGGAGAACAACAAUGUGCUCGACAUUGAGGCGGAUGUGAGUGGGAAUAAAACGGCGAAUAGCGCCAGUAGCAGCAGCAGCGCAAACGGCAGUGGCGGACAAGCGAAUGGGAAUAGCAAUGGCGCAGCAGGCACAGCCGCAGCGACAGUGGGAACUACGAAAGGGGGUGGUGUUGCUGGUGGCGGUGGCGGUGGGAGUAUUGCAAGCAACAGCAGCAGUGUGCGGCGCAUCCAUGGCGAACUUUCCGCAACGGAUGUCGAGAAGUCACAUAUGGCCGAUUAUCGCCUGGAAACGAGCAGCAGCAUGGGUGCGUCGAGUACUUAUGAGACGAGAAAACAAUUGGGUUUGCAUGAGAAAUUUUUAUUAUGUUUUGCAUUUCAAACAAAUGCCGGCAGUAUCCUCAACAUGACAGAGAACAAAGAGCAACAAACCUCCUGUGUGCAUGGCUUGCGCGUCUUCUCCGUGCUGUGGACGAUAAUGGUGCAUACGUAUUUGCAAAUGUUUACCAUCGGUGAAAAUAGAUUCCAGCGCAACAUUGUCGAACGUUCGUUUUGGUAUCAGUUCGUUGGCAAUGCUACCUUUUCCGUCGAUACAUUCUUCUUCAUCAGCGGCUUCCUUGUGACAUUACUCUUCCUUAAACAGGAUAAAAAGUAUCCCGAUGAUACAGGACAAUAUUUUCGACGCAGCAUGAAGGAUACAGGAUUUCUAUUGAUUUAUCGCUAUAUACGCUUGACGCCAGCGUAUUUGUUUGUGAUACUCUUUAAUGAUUUUGCAUUGCGCCAAACUUUCGAUAACUCCGUCUUCCAGCCAAAUGUCGCCGCCGACACUUGCAGUCGUUUUUGGUGGCGCAACAUACUCUAUAUCAACAAUUUUUAUCCACUCAGUGAGAUUUGCAUGAUCUGGAGCUGGUAUAUGGCCAAUGAUAUGCAAUUCUUUGUGAUGUCUUCGCUGCUGCUGGUGCUCUCCAUCAAGUAUUUCAAAACUGCUGCCAUCAUUUUGUGUUCAUUUCUGCUAAGUUCUUGGGGUGUUUCGGGCAUUAUUUCCCUACAUUACCGUUAUACGCAUAAGGUGGCCAAUCCCUUCGAGUCAUUCGAUUUCCUCUACGACAAACCCUGGCAGCGUGUUGGCACCUACAUUAUGGAAUUGCAACAUUUAAAUACGAAAGCGAAGCGUCAAACAAAUUCCAUUUUUAAUUAUUUUUAG